AUGGUCACGGGAGCAGCUGACCUGAUGUUUCGGCAUGUCUUCGAGGGAAGCUUAUCAAUGUGCGACACGGAUAUUGAGCGGAGGCCAUAUCAUCGCAAUUGCACAUGCGCGCUGCACAAAAAGAAGGCCACCUGCCCAAAUGCUGUUUUGCAUAGCAGGAUUAUUUCAUUCCCCAAAAAGGAAUUAUGGAAUAAAUGUUCCUUAAUUUCCGUAUCAGCUUCCACGGUUUCUUCUCGAUCCUCUUAUGUUGCUGAUUCAUCAGUUAGUAGUAGUGAGUGCAUCAAGUUUACAGGAGAAGGUUUAAUUCUUUUUUCAGUUUUGAAGUCAUCCGGCAAGAUUCCUUCAGGUUAA